CUGAUGGAGAGGAAGACAACACAGUUUACCAGCUCAACUCGGACGUUCACCUAGUACUAGACUCUAAAGAGAACACACACGUUUCAAGAUGGCUGCUGCUCGCCUGUGUCUGUCAGUGUUGGUGCUGAUGCUGGCUGCCAUUACUCUGAGCGAAGGUCUGCGUGGUUCUGGCCCAAAGAAGUGCUGCUUUCGCUUCAUCAAGAACCAGCCUGAGGUCAGCGUGGUCGGAUACAGGAAGACUAGCCAGCGGUGUUCCAAACUGGCUGUCUUGUUGGAGACAGAGAACGGUCGUGAGCUGUGUGCCAGACCAUCAGACCUAUGGGUGAAAGAGACCAUCAACAACCUGAACGCCAAACCCAAGCCAGGAGAGGCAUCCAACCUGUAGCCAUGGCAACCAAUCCAACCAAAAGAGUUGUCUGUGAACAAAAUCUUGAUGUGAUUUGAUGCUGCAACUUUUCAAACCUUAACUUUUAAACUAAGUGUUUUUUUAUCCAUAUAUAGUAUAUCACUAUCUCCACCAUGAGGUCUAACUACAUGCCAACAUUAUAUACUGCUAAUAUUAUAUUACAUAGUCUUGAAUAAAAUGUGCUAGGAUGAGAUCCAGUUAUGCUAUACAUAAAAUGUAAACAUAACAUGUUAAACUGUGAUCUAAUGCUGUCGUUUGAACGGAGUCACACAAAGUCCAUUCACUUUGAUAGACCAAUGUGUUGCAACUCUACAUGGUGUCAUCAGUUGACUAAGCUACAGACCAAACCACUUUCUACACUGAACCAUUGUGAGCUCUUUGACUUGUUUUAUAUGAAGUGAUGCUGUGGUUUUUUAAGUCGUGGUUUGACUCAAGGUACUUGUACAGAUAAGUAACCCAUUCUGACAAGAAAACAAUAAUUUAUUUAUUUUGUGUUUAUUCUGCAAAUUUAUUUUGUACACCCCAAAUCAGAAUUUUAAAUUAAAACUGAAAACAAUUAUUUAUAAAUGAUCUUUUAUCUGUAUUACAAUACAAACAAUUUAAAGUCACA